AUGUCUACUAUAACAAUAAAACAGACAGCGCCUUCUUUAAGUGACCAAGUUGCUCUACCGGGAAUUGCUGAGCUACAUGCCCUCUCAGCUGGCCAUUUGACCCUUCCAGAGAAGUUCUUUGUCCAUCCGGCUUCCGAUAGUUCUCGAAGAACGGUACCUUCAUUAGCAUUCCUUAUCCAACAUCACCAUCCAAUUACCGGAAAAAUCACUAGGAUUGUUUUUGACUUAGGGCUGAGGCGUGAGGUUCGACGGUAUUCAGAAGCAAUACAACGUCAUGUGUCAACGAGGCAGCCUCUGACAACAGAUCCGGAUGUGGUCACGAGUCUAGCAGCAGGAGGACUAAGCGCCGAUGAUAUCGAUUACAUAGUUUAUUCUCAUGUACACUGGGACCAUAUCGGCGAACCGAGGGACUUUCAAAAAAGCACCUUCGUGAUAGGUCAUGGGGCGUGGAACCUGUUCAAGCCAACGGCAGCGUCUUCCUUGAGAGGAAGUCACUCUUUUUUCGAACCCGGAAUAUUACCAGAAGAAAGAACAGUAGAGCUCCAUGACCCAGAAGAUGCCUCUUCUUGUGAAAAGAAACCCCCGAUUUCUGGGGAUGCAAACUUUGAGCAGGCCUGGGCGACAAUUCCAGAAAUGGACAUGAGAGUUCUUGAUAUAUUCAAUGAUGGAACAGUAAAAAUCGUCCAUGCCCCGGGGCAUCUUCCAGGACAUAUAAAUUUGCUGGUCAAGACUGGUUCUGGUGCUCAAAUCUAUCUAGCUGGGGACGCAUGUCAUGACAGGCGGAUUAUGCGCAAGGAGCUUGAGAUAGGAGAAUGGCUUGACACUGCAGGGCAAAUCUGUUGCAUUCAUGCCGACCGAAAGAAGGCAGAGGAGACAAUUGAAAAGAUUAGACAAUUGGAAAGCAGCGGGGUGGAGGUUAUAUUCGCACAUGAUAUUGAGUGGGAAGAGAAUGUAGAGAAUAAGGCUCGAUUUUGGGGCUCUACUGUUUAUUUAAUAUUACCUCAAUUACACACUACCACUCAAAACUUUGUUGGGUUAAAUAUGUCUUCAGAAUCGCUCAAGAAUAAAUUCAUUGCCGAAAAUGGCGAACAUGCCUGGCACGAUGGCUGGGAAAGUAUCCUUGCACUCAGCCCACAGCUCUUCAAUGCCAGUCUUGAUCUGCGAGGGAUUCCAAAACGAGCCGGACAUCGACAUUUAACUCGAAAGACUCAGUCGCUGAUUGCAUUAGCCGUCGACAGUGCGGCUACUCAUCUUUAUGCGCUUGGUGUUCAAGAACAUAUCCAGACAGCUCUCCAGGAAGGUGCAACAACGGCAGAGAUAAUCGAGGUUAUUGAGUUAACAUCUACUCUCGGUAUCCACGCCUGUAACAUCGGGGUACCUUUACUAGCAGAAGUUCUGAGAGAAGAAAACUACCCAACGGGAUUGGCGACCCCUUUCGAUGCCCGUCAGGAGCAGCUCAAAACUGAAUUCACUAAGAACCGCGGGUAUUGGCACACGUUCUGGGAGGAUUUUCUACGGCUUGAUCCUGAUUUCUUCGAGGCGUACUUGAAGUUCUCGUCCGUGCCAUGGACGAAGAAGACAGAACAUGGUGAAAAAGGAGCCUUGGAGCCGAAGAUAAAAGAACUUGUUUACUGCGCAUUUGAUGCCGCUGCAACACAUCUCUACGUUCCCGGACUAAAGCUUCACAUGAAGAAUGCGUUGGGGUACGGAGCUUCGCCGCAAGAAAUUAUGGAAGUGUUGGAGAUCGCCACAGCAUUGAGUCUCCACACGGCGAAUGUAGCUGCCCCGAUCUUGGAGAAGGAACUGGCAAGAAAAUAA